UGUCUUUAAGGGUAGCACACACACACCAGACUAAAGAUCACUUUCGUCUGAUUGGCUGUCUCUCUACAAAGGGAGCCGCUAGUCUUCUGCCCACCCACUGUUUAUAGCUCUCCUCUAUCAGAAGUUCAGAACUUCCUUCCUUCCUUCCAGUGAGAGUAGUCUAUUCAUCUAGAGCACCAGGACUCAUCAUGGCAGCUAAUGAUUACCGAGGCUACCUGAGGAACCACGCCGACAUGGAGGGCGCUCAGCCCCGCUACCACCCGUCCCAUGGCUCGGAACCGACCUAUAGACCUUUUAUAUUCGUUACUCUGGCUAUUAUGGGAUUGCUGCAGAUUGCAUCGAGUGUGGCGAUCUUGUUACACUUGACAGGUUAUCUCCAAGAGGUCGAUCUCUCCUCCGCCCCGCAGCAGCUAAUGGAGGAAGUGCAGAUGGAACCCAUCAUGUUCGACGCCCUGAAGGACCCGAGGAAAGGCAGACAACGCUGCAAGAACCAGGGGAGGGAGAUGCUUCCGUCAGCUCAUCUACCAAUCAGAGCAACUAUGGACUACGUGAAGAAAGGGGAGCUGAGAGCAGCUAUGAUCCAUUGGGACGAGGCGCAGGGCCACCUGAAGAAGAUGCGUUACCAUGACGGCCGUCUCCUGGUGGACGAACCAGGCCUGUACUCCGUCUACGCCAAGACCUGUUUCCGCUACUACGACCUGGGACCUGAGACAGAGCCCGGCGGUGCCCCUGAACACGCCAUCGCCACGCCCCAGGCCGUGGACGUAAGCAACGCCCAGCUCAUCCAGUACAUCUCCCACGAGAAACACACAUCCCUGCCCAGCAAGUCUGUGGUGCUGAUGAAGACAGGCAGCACCAUGCACUGGAAUAACUCUCAGUAUAACAUGUACUGUGCCCAGCAGGGCAGGGGGGUGAUGCUACAGCAAGGGGAUGGACUGUUUGUUAAUGUGUCCAAUGCCUGGAUGCUGGAUCCUGAACCAGAGGGGACGUACUUUGGGGCGAUCAAGAUAGGGAACUGAAACCGCGUACAGAGGAGGAGGAGGAUGUGCUACUGAACGUUCUGUAGACGUAACUGCCAAAGAACCACUGAGAGAUAGACAGAGCACUUGUUGUAUGUAAGAUUACUGAAUUUGUAUUUGAUUUGUUUUUGUUUUUUAUUGAAAGGAAUGGGCUAUGUUGCUCUUCACCAGAUAGAGAAUUAAGAUACGCAGUCAUUUAGGUGAGGUGUUAUGGAUACCUCCGGUCACUCACUAGGCCUUCAACAAAUCCCAUAUGCCGUUCAUACACUUAACCUGUUCCUUAUGGUCCAAAACGGCACUGGAUGCUUUUUAGUUUAACAUUUUACACAGUUGAUAGUUAUCAACCAUUUUAGAUUGUUGAUAUUUGUCAUUCCAGGGAGCACUUUUGAAAAAUGUUUUUAGAAUGUUUUUCCAAGCAUAGCAGUGUGAAUUCUAUCUUCUGUUUAUCAACCGACACAAAGUCAUUCCUCAUCGCUAGUCUGGCCCCUCAUAGUUUACAUAACAUUGUCAUCGUCUUCAACAGAAGCACAACUGGGGUAUUUUGUUUAUAACUGAGGAGAGUUUCCACCAGUGAACUCUUUAGUACACACUUAGAAAAAAGGGUUCUUUGGCUGUCCCCAUAGGACAACCCUUUUUGGUUCCAGGUAGAACCCUUUAAAAGUGCUAUCUAGACCCUAAAAGGGCUUUUCGGCUGUCUCCAUAGGAGAACCCCUUUGGUUCCAGGAAAGGGUUCUAUGUGGAACUCAAAAGGGUUCUACCUGAAACCAAAGGGGUUCUUCAAAGGGUUCUCCUAUGGAGACAGCCGAAGAGCCCUUUUAGGGUCUAGAUAGCACUUUUAUUUUGUUCUUAUUUUUUGUACCCGCUUUUUCUCCCCAAUUUCAUGAUAUCCAAUUGGUAGUUAAUGUAAAUGUAAAAUGUAGUUACGAUCUUGUCUCAUCGCUGCAACUCCCCAAUGGGCUCGGAAGAGGCGAAGCUCGAGUCAUACGUCCUCCGAAACAUGACCCUUCAAGCCAUGACCCUACACCUGCUCGCUUAACCCAUAUGUCAGCCGCA